GCCACACAUUAUUUAUUUGAGAACUUCAAAUUUUGAGAAGAAGCUCCAAUGAGAACGAGAAAUGGAAGAAUUAUCAAGCAAGUUAAAAAAAAAAAAGUGGACUUUAACUAGUAAAAUAUUCGGAAGAAUUCAAGAUUAAAAUAUUAACGAAGAUAAGAGAAGCAGUGGUUCAAGGCCUUUAUAAGGGCACCGAGACUCACUCCAAUCUGCAAGAGUGAAAAAAACUAAAGCGAGGCCACUUCCAAAUUUGAGAGUGUUUGUACUUUGUUUUCUUUUCUUUUCCCCCCUUUCUCUAAUCAUCCCCGCUUCUGUGAUCCCUUUCUGUCAUCGUCUGUCUUUCAAGAACAUAAAUUUGUGUGCACAAUUUCAAAAGGGUUUGUUUUUGUUUUGAUAUUUUGAAUUGAAAAAUUUCAACUCAUCAUACCUCCCUUUGAAGGGUGUUUUACUUUGAAAGCCAGGUGAUUCAGAAUAGAGAUCCUUUUGUAGUUUUAAUCAGUUUUCUUUGGUAAAGUUUUAGUCUUUUUGUUGUUUCUUGGUGUAGAUUAUCAGCUUCUUUUUAAUCAGAAACUAACUAAAGAGGGUCUGUUUUUUUACCAUCCCUCUUGAGGAUAUUAUCAAAGGGUUCUUUAUUUUGGAAACCACUUUGUUGAUCCUUGAUUUUGCUUUUUUCUUGUAGCAAAUAUCUGUCUUUUUUUGUUUGUGUUUGUGGUUUUGGGUCAGGUUUAAGUUAUGGCAGCGGCAAUAGAAAUGUACAAUUGUAACAGUAGUUCAGUUUUCUCAACAGAUCCCUUGAGGGAAGAGCUAAUGAAAGCAUUAGUACCUUUUAUAAAAGAUGCUUCUUUUCCAUCAUCUCCAUCUUCUUCUUCUUCUCCUCCUUCAACCUCUUAUUCUUUCUCUUCUCCUUCUUCUUCUUCUUCCUUCCCUUUUGAUUCUUCUUCUUUCUCUUCUUCUGCUGAGGCCAAUUUCUACACUAACUUUUGCUCAAUCCCAUCAGCAACCCCAUUAUUUUCACAAGGGUUGUCUAGUUUUGUUGAUCCAAUGGGAUAUGAGCAAACAGGUUCAAUUGGUCUCAACCUUCUCAACCCAGCUCAGAUCCUUCAAAUCCAAGCUCAAAUCCAAGCUCAACAACAACAGCAGAAACAGUAUUUUGCUUCACUGUCAAAUUCUACUGCACCAUCAUCAUAUCUCCAAAGGUAUGGACAGUUCCAGCAUCAAAAGCAAUCACCUUUGAGUAGUUUUCUUGGUCCUAAGUCUAUUCCAAUGAAGCAUAUGGGCCCUCCCCUCAAGCCAACAAAGCUUUACAGGGGAGUGAGACAGAGGCAUUGGGGAAAAUGGGUUGCUGAGAUAAGACUCCCUAAGAACAGGACAAGGCUUUGGCUUGGGACAUUUGACACAGCUGAAGAAGCUGCCUUGGCUUAUGAUAAGGCUGCUUACAAGCUGAGAGGGGAAUAUGCAAGGCUUAAUUUCCCCAACCUGAGGCAUCAAUUGAGCCAAGAUUUUGGUGAUUGUAAGCCUUUGCAUUCCUCUGUUGAUGCUAAGCUUGAAGCCAUUUGUCAGAGCUUGAAACAGGGGAAUUCAGGGCAAUCCAAAACAGGGGUCUCAACUCCAGCAAAACAGACAAAGGGUACAAUUGCAAAGAAGGAGAAUGAAACCUUUGACGAUUCAUUGAAUCAUGGUGAACUUUGCUCAGUUUAUCCAGGAAAUGAGGACAUCAAGGUGGAGUCUUUAUCAUCAUCAUCGUCAUCAUCAUCAUCACCAUCAAGAUCUGAAGAAACAACCACAACAUCAUCAGGGCUGGAGAUGUCUUCACCUGAAUCUGAAAACAAUACCAUCCUUCAUUUCCCUGAACCCACCUUUGAUGAAAUGGAGAAUUUCAUGUUGCAAAAGUACCCAUCAGUGGAGAUUGAUUGGGCUUCUCUAUAUAGUUCUAUGUAAUUUAGUAGUAUUAUUAUUAGUUUUUAAGUAAUUUCUCCAGUUUGUAAUAAGUUAGAUGAAUCCCCUAGAGCGUCAACUAUGGCUUCUGCAAUGGUAUUUUUGACAUCUGCAGAAAUCAUGGUGGUCUAUUGUAAUUACUCGUCAGAGUCUGUGUAAAAAAAUUUCCAGAUUUGGUCUGCUGGCAUUUUUUCAAAGGCAAGACCAAGAUGGAUCUAUUUUCUCUAGUGAUAUAUCUAUGUCCUUUCCUAGUAUUAUCUCUAGAGAUCUGUUAUUAUUAUCAUUACUAUAAAAUUCAGCUCAGCUUCUGUAUUCUUUAUACUGUUUGAACCAAAAAAGUAAAAAAGCCAUGAACAAGUGUGGAGCUGUACUUUGUUUAUG